GGGGGCGGGGGGCAAGAAAAGGACGAAUUAUUUCCCCCCCCCCAGUUUUAACAAAGUGUCCCUUAAGAAUGGAGCAAACUCAGCUGUUGGACUGGGAUGAAGAAGAAGAACUUGAUGAUCCUUCCGAUGGGGUUGGUGGCUCUGGGGAGACCCCCAAACCUGUGGGACGCCUGCAUCUUCUGAGCAGCAAGUAUGGCCCGGAGAAAGAUUUCUGGAUCUACCCUGGGGAGAAUGUCAUUGGGCGGCUGGAAAGCUGUCAGAUCUGCUUGCCCGCCUCUUCGGUUUCCAAAGCUCACGCUGUGAUCGAGGUCCCUUCCCCUGACGGGCCCCACCUCUUGUAUGAUCGAGGAAGCCUGAACCGGACCCGGCGGCAACGGGUGGCGCUGAUCCCCCAGGUCCGAUACAGCCUCCAAGACGGGGACACUUUGCUCUUUGGGGACGUGGGGUGCCAGUACUUCCUGCUGGCCCCGGGAGGUGCCCCUGAUGACUCCAUGGAGGUGCCACCCACCCAGACCAGAGCGGAGACCACUGCCUUGGCCAUUGAGGAGACGCCUGCGCCGGGCAGGAAGAUGGGCUUCGGAGGAGUUCUGGCCCAGGAUUCUGACGAGGAGGAAGGGGAGGAUGUGGUGAAUGGGACAGGUGGGAUCCUGCGUCCCCCAGUGAUGGAUGGGUCCGACUCCUCUGUCAAAGGCGGCGCUGGAGGAUGGUCCAAAUUGGCUACCUCCAUGUUCUCUUCUCCUUCUGCUACUGUUGUGCCUGAAAGUGAUGAGGAAAGUGGCGAAGCUUCUGUCACAGAUCCGUCUUGUCCCUCCCUGCGCCUGUGCUUUGACAGCCAGGACGCUGAGCCGCUGCCUUUAGAGAAUGGAGGCGUUGCCUCUUCCGACCCAGAGGGGCAUCCUGUGCAGGCAGCAGCUGCAGAGGCUGAAGCGAAAGUGCCCCCAGACUCGGGAGAACUGACCGCGAAAGAGCAGGCAGCUUCUACAGACCCCGGCCUGGUGGACUUCCACCUGGACAGUGACACAGAUGUGGAGGAUGAGGGCAGAGUUGGUAGUGCCUCUGACACGCCCACUUCGGUGGACAUGGCGAAAGACGGCAAGGCCUUAGAAGUGGGCAGUGACACUGACACGGAGGAGCCCGUGGGGACGAAUCCAGGAGCUGGCAGUGCGACUAACCACCAAUUGGACCUCGGCGAGGGUAGCGAUACGGAUGUGGAGGAGGGGGGAGAGGGACCAGGCCUUCCGGGUCUGAAGGCCCGCCCAACGGCUGGAAAGGGGGCUGACGAUGAUGAUGACACAGAUCUUGAGGGGGAGACGGAGAAUCAAAGACCUGUGCCUCUCACCCGCCGAGAGCCCCUUCCCCCAAAUGAGGAUAGCUGUAAAGAUGCGGAAGGUUCCGGAGGCGAUCGCGAUCUUGCACAUCCCGAUGAGAAAGGGGACCUGGACACGGAUGUGGAGGAGGCCGUGGGCGACCCAGGUGUGUGUGAGCGGGCGCUGCUGCCCACGGAAAAUGAGCACAGCGAUACGGAUGUGGAGGACGCGCCCCUUAAAGAGGAGAAUCCCAAUGGGCCUUCGAAGAUUCAUGCGCCUGUUGGAGAUAGCGAUGGCGAUACAGAUGUGGAAAUGGCUGACCUGGCAGUGGAGGACUCGGAUGUGGCUGGUCCUCACAGUCCCCACCCUCCAGGCUGCCAGGAGAGCAGCUCACGGGCGGAAGGGAGCCCCAGCAAGGGGCCUGUGCCUCAGGGCAGCAGUUCCCUGGAUGAAGGUGAAGGGCGUGAGGAUGCUGUAGGGGAGGUAAAGGAUCCUAGCAGGAGACCCCAGAGUACGCACGGAGCUGUCAACGAGUGCUCCAGGGCCUUAGGUGACCGGAAGUCCUCAGAAAGUCUUGAAGUCACGGGGAAGGUGUCUGUUGUGCCUCAGAAUCCACCUUUGCUGGUUCUCUCUGUGGAUAGUGAUACCGACGUGGAGGAAGAGGCUAAAAAUCCAGAGGUGGACUCCAAGGAGAACCACACUGUCCCUGGUGCUGGGCCCAGAGGAGGAAGUAGCGGGAGCUGCUUUGGGAAUCCAGAUUUUGGGCCCCAGAAGAGCCCCGGAACUAUUGGAGAUGCGGACAAGGAUACAGACACGGAAGCGGCUUCUCCGUUCCGCAAGGACUCCGUGGCCCAAGACGACAGUGACACGGAUGUGGAGGAAGCGAGCGCCCCGCUGCCAGAGAAACCCCUGGAAGAGCAAGACACUCAGUUAUUGGUCCCCGUGAGAUCCGCCGUAGCUGGGGAGAAAGCGGCCGGCUCCUUAAUGGCUGUGAGAGUCCACCGUGAACCUUGCAAAGAGGACGAAGAUACGGAUGCAGAGGGCAACGAGUCCCGUUCAGGAGACGGCAGUGCUACUGAUGAUGAUGCUGAUCUGGCUUUCCAGGCCACGCAGUGUUUCCUGCCUACCGAGACCUCCUCUCCCAGGAUUGGGAAGACUCCGAGAGAUGCCGCAGAGGCUGGUUCCAGCUGCGCCCUGGAAGAGGAGGCCACGCAGGCAUUUGAUGUAGCGGGGGAUCUAAAGGCAACCCAGCUCCAGCUCAGGAAAGCCUCGGUGACGGUGCCCUCCUCCCCUGGAAGCUCCGUCAACACUCCAGAGUGCAGCUCUCCUUUGAAAGACGACGACACGGAUCCAGACGCGUACGUGCUGGAAGCUACUCAGUCCUUCUGUACGGAGCCCAGGCGGCUGUCCGAAGAGCCCACCCAGGCCUUCAUUUCCGAGGCGGAGGAAGAGACGGAACCGAUCUCCCUUCACCUGCCUGAACAGACGACCCAGCCUGUAGUUUUGAUUUCAGCCUCUGGGGGGCAGCAGGCUGCCAGCCUUUCGGGGCACAGCACUCAAGCUUGCCCCAUAGGAGUGCCCUGUAUGGAGCCUGUCUCCCAGCCAGCAGGGGGCACCACUGCGGAGGAAACGGAGAAGGAAGGGGAAGCCCAGACUGUCAAUUCAGGGCAGGCGCCCCCUGUUGGCAACAGCCAACCCUCAACGUUGCAAGAGGAGGUCAAAGGGGCCUCCAGGAACGAGGAGCAGGUGGCCCCCGAAGGCAGAAGCCCUGCACAACUGUCGCAGCCACGGGACAGAGCAGCUCGUGUUGAUGAUGAGUCGGAAGAAAGGAGCUCAACGCCGGCGGGAGAAGCAAGAGAUGCCAAGCAGGUGGCGGAGCGUGCCCAAGAGGAGGCUUCUGAAUCUCCGGCCCCCGGGCAACGGCGCACUCUCCGGUCCUCCACGGCUGCUGCUUCCCCAGCUCCUGCGCCAGAACGGCAAAGCCGCCGCCGCCGUGGCCGGGUGGGAUCUGGCGACAGAGAUGGGCGCAGCGAGCCAGCUGCCCCCGUCACCAGACGCAGGGGGAUGCGGCCACUCGCCCACCCGGCGCAGUGUAGGGGGGAGCCAGAGGCCAAGUCGGAAGAGCCGGAGGGAGAGGAAGUGAGCCCCGUCAAGAAGCCCAGGAACAGGGAGCCGACGAGUGCCGUGCAUCCGGGCCGGACCAGGGGCUCGCAAAGGGAAUCUGGUGCUGCCAGCAGGCUGAAGGAAGAGACGGCGAAGGCUGCCGUCAGCCCAGCGGCCAGGGUGCCAGCCAAACGGGGGAAAUGGGGAACAGCGGCUGAACCUGUGGCUGAACGGCAGCCGGAGCUGCCCAGGACCCGGGCCAGCACGCGGUCAGGGAGUGCUUCAGGGAGCACGCCGAGCCCAAAGGAUUCUGGGACAGGCGCCAAGCCGGGGCAGGAGCCCAUGCGGUCCACUCCACCCUCAGCAAGGAGGUCACAGCGUCUGAGCACGGAAAGCCAGCCGGCGGGAAGGAGGGCCCAGUCCUGGAACCAGUCCCAGGGCGCAGCAGGCUCUGGUGUUCCUGCCCCAAAGGUGCUAUUCACGGGGGUGAUUGACGAGGAGGGGGAGCGCGUGGUGACGGAGCUCGGGGGUUCUCUAGCGGAGUCCGUCUUCGACUGCACCCACCUUGUGACGGACCGCGUGCGACGCACGGUCAAGUUCCUGUGCGCCCUGGCGCGGGGCAUCCCCAUCGUGACCCUCGACUGGCUGGAGAAGAGUAAGCGGAACUCCGUCUUUCUGGCGCCAAACAGCUUCCUGGUUUGCGACCCCGAGCAGGAGAAAAACUUCCAGUUUAGCCUCACCAUGUCACUGCAGAGAGCACAGAAAGAGGGGGGCCUACUUCAGGGCUACGAGAUCCACGUCACCCCUAAUGUCAAGCCAGAGCCUGAGCACAUGAGAGACAUUGUGAAAUGCAGCGGAGGGACUUUCUUUCCCAGAAUGCCUCGGGCCUAUAAGGACAAACGUGUUGUCAUUUCCUGCCCGGCUGAUCUGCCCCGCUGUAAACCAGCUCAAGAUGCCAGAGUUCCCAUUGUCAAUUCCGAGUUCAUCCUGACGGGGAUAUUGCAGCAGAAGAUAGACUUGGAUGGCCACCGCUUGGACGGGUUGGUGGCCACUUCCCCCGUUGCCAGCCCCGCCGCUCUCACAACCAGAGUCAGUAAGAGGAGGGCUGGGGUGCUAACUGCCCCCGCACCCCCCAGCACAGCAAAGAGACGGCGCUGAUCCUGAAACACACCUCAUGACACGGAGACUUUGCCUUAAACUUGUAAAUAACUUUUCUUUCCUUUUUUCAAAAUCAUUAUCA